UAAAACAAUCACUCUUUAACCAUUUUAAAAAAAUAAAGAGUAAAAAAAAAAAAACAAUUGAAAUGAAUCGGAAGCAAUGCACAGCUGUCUACGGGAAGGCUUCAAAUUAAGAGCACUUACCAUAUCCCGAAAAAAGGCAAUCAAGUGAUCAAACGCAUUUUUAAACGGCAGCGCAACUAUGGAGCCGACUGGUAAUCCAUCACCAGAAAAUGAACGGCAGAUGGUUCCUUGCAAUCCAGCUAUUGCAGUUGAAACACCACCGUCGAUAACUGAGCAUCAGACACAGCCACAACAGCAAACUCAUGCGCAAUUUGUGCGAAUACCACAAUGUGUAAAGACGACAAUUUCGCAGCAGCUUUCAGGGAAAUUUCUGCCCCCGACACAAUUGAAAAACAAUGUAGCGACAUUAGCAGUAUUAACUAACAGCGCCAACAACAAUUCAAAUGGAGAAAGAAAUUCUGCUUUGGUCUCCACUACAACUGUUUUAAAUGCUACAACUCAGGCUGUAGCAGCUUUGAGUGGCAGCUGCUUGGGGCACCACCAUUCGCAGCAACAUUCCCAUGAGGAGCAGCCAACGGGUGCAGCAGCAACUGCUUUGCAUAAACAUCAGCACCAUGGGGGUGACAGUAUGCUUCUUUGUGUAAGUGGCAUUACUCAACAGCCUCAGCAGCAAACCAUUGAUAAGCUCUCCCGUCCAAUGGCCUUUGAUAAGAUGGAAGUCCUGGUGCGAGAGAUGCAAGACCAGGAACAUGGUGUGCCAGUGCGUCAACAGAAGAUGUUCCUUACAUCCAUUCCAUAUGCGUUCAUGGGGUACGAUCUUAUUGAGUGGCUAAUGGACCAUCUUCAGAUAGAGGAGUCAGAAGCACUGAAUAUUGCCAAUCAACUGUGUCUGCAUGGCUACUUUUUCCCUGUCAACGACUCCAAGACUCUCACAGUAAAAGAUGACUCGUCACUUUAUCGCUUCCAAACACCUUACUACUGGCCCUGGCAACACAAGGUACCGGACAAUGUCGAGUAUGCCAUUUAUUUAACAAAGCGGUCACUUCGCAACAAGCAGCGCCAUGCACUAGAGGACUAUGAGGCAGAGGCUUUCGCUUCACUUCAUAAGAACCUGAAAGGCAAGUGGGACUUUAUUUCUAUGCAAGCCGAGGAGCAGGUUCGACUUGCCAAGGAGCGUAAAAAAGGCGACAAGAUUGUUGGCGACUCUCAGGAGCGCGCUUAUUGGCGCGUUCACCGUCCACCACCCGGCCUGUUUACGCCUCUCGAGCCUUGUCCGGUGCCGUCGCGGGAUCGCCAGGGCCAGAAACCUAGUAAAAGAAAGACUCCAGAUGAUAUACAACGUGAGGUGGAAUUUCUGAUAAAGACUUUAAAUCGAACACGCAUGAAAAUGUCACAAGCCUGUCAAUCUCUUGUUUCCUACUCGGAGACGUUUAAUGAGUACGAUUUCUUUCUACAACCAGCGCUGCCCUCAAACCCUUGGGUUACUGAGGAUAUUGCCUUCUGGCAGUUAAACAGCACCUAUGUAGAUAUACCCACUGAAAAGCGCGUGAAACGCUGGGCCAUUUCCAUAGAGGAGCUCAUCUCUGAUCCCACGGGACUGCAAGAGUUUACAACUUUUCUGGAAAAAGAGUAUUCUCACGAAAAUAUACGUUUCUGGAUUGCAGUGAAUCGUCUCCGCCGCUCCGCACACUCUCAAGUGGAGCGCAAGGUUAACGAGAUAUAUGAAGAGUUCCUUAAGCCAGGAGCGCCGUGCGAAAUCAACAUCGAUGGCAAAACCAUGGAAAGUGUUCUUCGUGGUCUUAAAAAUCCUUCGCGUUUCACUUUUGACUCGGCAUCGGAGCAUAUAUAUAUGCUGCUGCUGAAAAAGGAUUGUUAUCCACGCUUUGUCCGUUCCGAGCACUACAAACGUCUUGUUGACAGUGGUAUCCAGCCUUCGCACAAAAAACGAUUCUUUUAUUUUGGCGCUGUAAGUGGAGCCAAGAAAAAGAUGACUGCUGCUCUUUCAUGUCAACCAAAUCAAGGCGAAAUGACUAAGGUUACAAAUAACGCCGUCACAGCUAGCGGUUCCAUUACCCAUGUACCACCUUCUGGUGGUACCCCGUUACGUCGGGGUAGUGAUCGUAGCCUUACUAGCUCGGCACUUGAGCUAGGCGCCAUUGCUGGCAAUACAAAUACUGGCUCCCAAGUCCCACACUCUCACUCCCAAGACAACCUAUGUGAGAUUCCAUACAGGAAAUCACCUAAGUCGAGGUUUGCCCACUUAGAGACUUCCGUAGAUAUCUUGUUAGCAGAAGCGGACAGUUCCGUGUGUCCAUGCGAUGAAUCAACUACAAAUGCCCUACAAGAUCCUACUGCGCUUACGCCCGAUAAAGUUGAUAUAACAGUUAUACCUCUAUCUUCAUGCGCGAGUGGGGUUAAUGCCAAAGAAGUGUUAAUACCCCAUACCAGCAAUGCCUGCGAAUGUCAAUGCGGACGUGCCAGCUGCUCAUUGACUACGACGUUGCCCAUCGUUAGCUUACCACCAUUAAAGUCUCUUGGUUCCAGUUUUGUUAGUGAUAGCAGCAGCAAUGUGUUUGUUAAAGAUCUGCACAGUAUCAAAGGCGCGGAAGGGGAGGAGGAGCUCCAGCAAUUGCCGCUAUCACAACACAAUAAUGAGCCGUCGGCCCUUGAGCUACCGGUGUUGGCCUCUUCGGGGUAUAUUUCAACAGCCCCGCCCACCGCAAAGAUCACGACAUCAGGUAAGGAGUGUGUACAGAUUGUACCAGAAGCAUUAGAAAACCAACAUCGUAAUUUCACGACUAUGCCGGUCAAUCAAUAUCACACUCCUAGAAUAGUCGGUAACGCAAGCACCGUAGAAGCUGCAAUCGGUCGGCAGCUUCAGCCGGACCUGGAUAUAGUCAAGGAAGUUCAAAUUCAGUUGAUCAAGACUAACACCUAUGACAGCAGUAACAUACAAUUCGUCAAUAAGCCUACCAACAAAUUUCAAAAAGCAUUUGUCCCUUUAAAUAAGCCAUAUCUGUGCGUUAAAGAGGAUUCGCGGACUGGAUUGACGGUCGAAACUAUGAGCGAGGCGCAAAUAAUGGUGGAUUGUGCUGAUGCAGAGCUAUCACCCACCACUGAUGAGUAUCAGGAGGGAAUGCACUUUGGGGACGCUAGUAAGGAUGCCGUUUUCGGCAUCGAUAUUAUACGUACAGAAAGGAAUUUUGGCUAUGUAGCUCCGGCACCGACACCGACGCCUUCCAUUGCGCCUCUUGCUGUACUGGAAGUCGAUAUAGUGGAUGAUGAACCCUUCGAUGAGCCGGUAGUCGUGAGAACUCUGACGCCUGCAUUAAGUAAUGACGAAGCUCCCAGACGGCGCAAAAAACGCAACUCUAGGAUCAAGAAAUUUAGCUCGCUUGAUGAGAGAGAUAAAGUAAAUGAGAAGCCUUCCGGCUCAGCGCGAACAGCAACUGACAAAGCCGAUCAGAAUACCGUAUGUCCUUGGGAAGAUGGGGACGGUAACACCAACGAUGGAACAUUUGUGAAGACAUACGCUACGCUAGGGUACCUAUGAAUAAAGGCAGAACGAGAAUAACGCCGCAUUUUACAUCAGUUACUUUCAUACUAUUGUUGGCAAAAAAAUAAAUUAUACAUGUAUAAAGCUUAUAUUAUUAUUUCAAUGUAUAUGUAUGGAUAUGAUGAAUG